AUGCGCCCCGCCUCCGACCGGCCCCUCCCCCAAGGCGCCCGAGGCCCCCCGCCCCCCGGCGGUGACCAGCAGAGGACGCCGUCCCUUCUUUGGAUGCACCCCCACUCGGACCGCUCCCGGGACCGGGCCCUCCCGGCCCCCCGCCGGACCCCCGUCCUGGGGGGGCGGAGCCAGUCCUCGUCCCUGUCGCUCCCGGAGCCGGAGGCCUGGAGGACCCCUAGCCCCGUGUCCCGGGGGACCCCCAGCUCCGUGUCUGGGGGGACCCCCAGCUCCGUGUCCGGGGGGGCCCCUAGCCCCGUGUCCGGGAGGACCCCUAGCCCCGUGUCCAGGGGGACCCCUAGCCCCGUGUCCAGGGGGACCCCCAGCUCCGUGUCCCGGGGGACCCCUAGCCCCGUGUCCAGGGGGACCCCCAGCCCCGUGUCCAGGGGGACCCCCAGCCCCGUGUCCAGGGGGGCCCCCAGCCCCAUGUCCAGGGGGACCCCCAGCCCCGUGUCCAGGGGGGCCCCCAGCCCCGUGGCCCGCCAUGGCCUGCUCCAGGGCUCGCGCUCCACCUCCCUUCAGGUACCCCGGGCCCUCAACGAGUACCUGGCUCUGCCCCCCCGGGCGGCCACCUUCGACGUGCCGACCACGAGCGGAGGAGGGGGGGGAGGAGAGGAGGAGGAGGAGGGGGAGGGGGAGGGGGAGGGUCCGGCCGAGCCCGGCUCGGGCUCCGUCAGCCCCCACGGCAUGCUCCGGCGGAGGGGGGGUCUGUUGGAGCAGAAGGACGUCAUCAUGGCUCACCAGGCGCACAAGAUCCAGAGCACGCCGCAGGCCCGCCGGAAGGAGUGGGAAAUGGCUCGGUUCGGAGACGAGUCUCAGCCGAGCACCAUGGACUCCGGAGACGGGGACGUGGAGGGCGGCACGGCCGAGGGACAGGACGCGGUCUCCGCUUCGGGGAUGUCCGGGUCCCUGAAGCAAGCCAAGGCUCAGAGGGCUCGGACCAUGGCCAUGUAUAACCCCGUGCCCCACCGGCAGAACUGUCUCACAGUCAACAGGUCGCUCUUCAUUUUCGCAGAAGACAACUUCAUCCGGAAAUACGCGAGAAGAGUCAUUGAAUGGCCACCGUUUGAGUAUAUGAUCCUGGCCACCAUCACCGCCAACUGUGUGGUGCUGGCCUUGGAACAGCAUCUCCCUGGGGAGGACAAAACGCCCAUGGCCAAGAGACUGGAGAAGACGGAGCCAUACUUCAUCGGGAUCUUCUGCUUCGAGGCGGGGAUCAAGCUGCUGGCUCUGGGCUUCGUGUUCCACAAGGGCUCCUACCUGAGGAACGGCUGGAACGUCAUGGACUUCAUCGUGGUGCUCAGCGGGUGAGUCCCACGCGGGGUUCUGCUGCAGCUGGCUGGCUGAUCAGAGAUACUUGGCUGAAGAAGAACUUGCCAGGCUGUGCGGCGCAGACCGUCGGUUUUGUCUACCCUUUCUGUCCCGCUGAGAAUCUGCUGCCGGCACGAUGACUCUUCUAUUAACUCGUUCCUCGGGUAACUUUCAGCAGCAGCCACUCCCAGUGAGGCUCUUUUUGAUGCGUUUACAUUUCGGGGAUUCUUGCUGAUGCUUUUAUGCAAAAGCAAACUUACAACCGUUCAUUCACACAGUCACACACCGACGGCGGAGUCAACCACGCAGGGCGACAGCCAGCUCGUCGGGAGUAGUUAGGUUGAGGCGUCUAGCUCAGGGACACCUCGACACUCAGCUAGGAGGAGCCGGGGAUCGACCUAGCAACCUUCCGGUUACCCUUCAACCCGUUCCCCUCCUGACUAUCUCCCCGAUGAACAGUCCUUUACGAGUGGGUAGGGGUCACGCUUCCGGCUCACCGAUUUACAUUUACAUUAAGGGCGUUGAGUAGACACUUUUAUCCAAAGCGACUUACAAUAAUUACACUUGUCAGAAGAAAGAGAAACAACAAUAUAUCGCUUUCGGUACACUAAGGAUGUUCAUAGAACCAAGUGGCAAGCUCUAACAACUGCUAGG